UUAUAAAAAAGAAAAAUCAUUUAUUUAUAUGUACACUUCCCCUACAUUUUAUUUUUGAUGAGAAUCUUUUGCAUUAAUAGCAAUUUCGUGUGUGCACAAGUAAGGGAGUAAAGGCUGAUAUUAAAGCGGCAGGGGUUUUCUCUUUGUCACAUCUCUCUCUGGAUUCUCGCUCUCUGCACUGCACAUUUCACACGUCGGGAAAACGUGAAUUGUGCGUCACCUUCUCCGCCUCAUUAUUAUUCUGCUCCGCCUCUUCCGCUUUUUAAAUCACACUAAAUUUUGCAUUUCAAUUCUCUAGUACUACCGUGCUUUUUAGUUUUCCACCAUCGAUCGAGAGAUCAGAGGCGCGCGCGCGGCGGAGGACAAUAAUUUAUACAAAUGGGGAACUGCCAGGCGGCGGAGGCGGCGACGGUGGUGAUUCAACACGGCGGAAACAGGGUGGAGAGGAUCUACUGGUCCUUGAGCGCCGACGAGGUCAUGAAUUCCAACCCCGGCCACUACGUCGCGCUGGUGGUCGCCUCGCCGGCGGCGAGGACGGAGAACGGAACGACGGUGAAGCAGCUCAAGCUCCUCCGGCCGGACGAUACCCUGCUUCUCGGACAGGUUUAUCGGCUCGUAAGCUUCGAAGAGGUUAUGAAGGAAUUUGCUGCAAAAAAGUGCGCCAAGCUCGGCAAGCUGUUGAAGCUGAGAGGAGCGUUCAAUCUCGAUCAUACCAACAAAAAUCAGAAUCUCAACUCCAAUUCAAGUUCAUCAAACGGCGGUUCCACAAAGACGGAUGUACACCGCCACGUCGGAAGAAGGCAAAGUGGCGGCGGCAGAGGAAGAGGCGGUGUAGGGCGGCAUUCUGGUGGUGGUGGUGGUGGUGGUGGAGGGCAGUGGAGACCAGCUUUACAGACAAUUACAGAGCUUGGAAUUUGAAAAGCAAAAGAUUUGAUCAAGUAUCCAUGGCUCUUUCACUAAUAAAUAUGCAAAGAUGGAAUCAACUAUCAAGCAUCACCCUUUUUCUGUAGCACGUGAUUAUAUAUUCCAAUGGCCUUUUCAGAUAUGUAAAAAGAAUUAAUUAAUGCCUACCUUUUUUUCUUGAAUAGGAGGAUGUUUAGUGUUAGAUUGUGGGUUAACCAUGUGAUUAAAGGGGUAUAAGUAUCUUUGUUCCCAACUUGUAUAAUUAUUUUCGACCUUAAAUUAAUCUCAUUU